AUGAGCUUUCAACGACGCACUUCAGAGAAGACGACGGAGCUGACGGCAUCCGUGCCGGUGAAGCUGCUGACGGCCGGAACCGCGGCUUGCUUUGCAGAUUUCAUUACCUUCCCAUUGGACACAGCCAAAGUACGACUACAGAUUCAAGGCGAACAGCCCGUUCGAACAGUCGCCAUGGCACCGGCCAUCAACACAACGGCUUCGCUCAAACUGAAUCCGAUACCCGUUCCGGCGACACAACACGUGCAGUACCGCGGGCUAGUGGGUACGAUUACAACCAUCACUAGACAGGAAGGCUUCCGGACACUGUACAACGGCCUGUCUGCUGGCUUGCAGCGCCAACUGUGCUUCUGUUCCAUCCGCCUUGGACUGUACGAUACGGUGAAAACGUUUUAUGGUUCCCUGCUUAAAGAAAACGAAGCUGGACUUCAGAUUGGAACCCGAAUCUUGGCCGGCCUGACAACGGGCGGUGCCGCCGUUAUGAUUGCACAGCCGACGGAUGUAGUAAAAGUGCGCUUCCAGGCCGCAACCCGCUCGUCUACCGGUCGUCGGUACGCUUCCACACUGCAAGCCUACCGGACGAUUCACCGGGAGGAAGGAGUGCGUGGCCUGUGGAAGGGAGCGAUUCCCAACGUGGGACGAAAUGCCAUCGUCAACGUAGCAGAGAUUGUAUGCUACGACGUGGUGAAGGAUUGCCUGCUGCUCUACGCCCACAUGCCAAACGACAUCCGAUGUCACUUUUCGGCAGCCGUCGUCGCGGGACUAGCGGCCACAAUUGUCGCCUCACCGGUCGAUGUGGUCAAAACCCGCUACAUGAACUCACCUCGAGGCCAGUACCGCGGAGCGCUCGAUUGUGCCAUCCGGAUGGGUGCCAAGGAAGGUGUGGCGGCGUUCUACAAAGGCUUUGUGCCGUCCUUCGCUCGACUUGUCUCGUGGAACGUGGUGAUGUGGAUCAGCUACGAGCAGCUAAAGAUGGCUAUUUUCAAGCAAAGUGAAAACUAA